AAAUCAAAAUCAGAAUUACCAAAUAAAUUUUUGAAACCCGUUGUAAAUCCUGCUGAAAUAGAAGACUGUUGUAUUUGUUGUGAAAAGUUAAACACAGAAUCAGGGUAUGGUAACAGUAACCAUAGCGAUGGUGAGGUGGUAGCUUUGUCGCUAUGUAACCACAUGUUUCAUCGUCAGUGUUUAAUGGCCAUGUAUAACAGUGGCCCAAAGGAUGGUAGUAUACAAUGUCCCAACUGUAAGAAAAUCCAUGGUUUAAAAUUGGGCACGUGCCCUGGGGGUGAGAUGGAGUAUUGGACCCUACCUGAAUCAUUACCAGGUCACAGUGAUUGCGGCUCUAUUUGUGUUCGAUAUAAUAUUAGAUCGGGAACUCAGGGUCCAGAACAUCCAUCACCUGGUUCAAGAUAUUCUACAUACGGGUUCCCUCGUGUUGGAUAUUUACCUGAUAAUGAGAAGGGUAGGAAGGUAUUACAGUUAUUUAUUGUUGCGUGGAAAAGACGUAUCAUGUUUACAAUUGGAACAUCAUCAACAUCAGGUUAUCAAAAUACAGUCACGUGGAACGAAAUACAUCAUAAAACUGAGUUCGGGUCUAAUAAUUCUGGACAUGGAUAUCCCGAUCCUAACUAUUUAGAUAAUGUGUUGUUGGAACUAUCCGUUCAGGGCGUUACCGAGGAAGAUUUGAACGAUGCCUAA